AUGCCUAUCCCGAAGGGUAUUCACAUCUCGCGUAUUGCUGGCACUGCCAUCAAGAGCUUCUCCCACGGCUACGCCCAGACCGUCGUCGCCGCUUCCCAGUCUUCCUACGCUGCCCAGAAUGCAUCUGCAGCAGACCUCCCGCUCGCGGACACCUUGAUUGGUCGUUUCCGGAAGAGUGAGAAGAAUCGCAUCAAGAAUGUAUACAACCAUGUCGAGAGCACACGAAAGGCCAGCACGGCCGCAGUUUCUGGUAGCCGACCAGAGUCUAGCCAGCAGGAUGUUGGUUUAGACAAAUACUUCGAUGCUUGGCAGAAGAAUCAGCGCAAUGGAACGAGCGCGAAGGAUUGGCAGCAAUUCCAGUUUGCGCGCAGAAUAGAGUGGCAGCCACCUUCGGUUGUUCCAACACAUACCCAGGAGGCCUCCGACGCAGUGGGCAUUGAAGAGAGCAAUGAUGAGACGUUCCGUGCUCCUAGCCUCAAGCGCUCUUACACGACCAGCGCCAUCGAUACCUUUGGACAAGCAUUCGACACCGAAGCCCAGGAAGCCGUUGCCCUUGAGCUGGUGAACAACGCGAUCGCCGAUGAGAUCUCGAAGGCCAAAGAGGAGUCUGAUGAUGGUCUCACUAUUCGAGCCAAGUCGCCAUCCGCGAGCUCCCAGCUGGCAGAGUCGUUCGAGUUCUACCCGCAAUCCAACAGUCCAGCUUCGGUCUUUUCGCCUGCCGACAGUUGCUCGAGUGCCGAAUCGCUAGAGAGUGACUACUACACCGAACAGCUUGUGCAGCUGGCAGAGAACAAGCGAUAUGCAGACAUUCCGGCCGUCUUCCAGGGCAUGUUGCGCGCUGGCGUGCAGAAGCCAUCGCAAGCUGCAUACCGUGCGUUGCUCAAUUCAGCCAUUGAGCUUACUCAUGGCAAGCAUCAGAAGACCCCGAGAGCGCUCGAAGUCUACUCGGACAUGCUUAGGCGGAGAGUCGCCCCUGACGCCAUCACAUAUGCUAUGUUGAUUGAGCUUCUCGCUGCCAGAGCAUCAGAAUCGGUUGCCAUGCGCAAGGAUCUGGAGCAGCGUCUCACUCGCUAUGGAGGUAUUGACCAGCCUGGCAAGUUCAUGUUCCGAUCAAGCCAGUCCGAGGCCGCCAUCGUUGCCGAAGACAGCUCGUUGUCGAUUGCCCUGAAGAUGUUCGACAGAGCAACAGAGACAAGCUCCAAGCCACUCUCCAGUGAGGCAUGUGCUUGUUUGGUCAUUGCUAGCGCCGAGCAAGGUCGCGUGGACGAUAUGAACCGUGUAUACCAGUACAUGGAGGCACAGUCACUUGAGCCACUCUCAACAAUCUAUGCCCCCAUGAUCACCGCAUACGGCAUGAACGGCGACCUGCGCAAAGCUGUUGAGACCUACGACGAGUACAAGAACCUGGCCGUUGCCAACAACGCUGGCGAAAACUCCAUCAACAGAGUUGACAACUUCGUGUACGCUGCACUCAUCAAAGCUUACGGUACAGCAGAUAGACUCAAGGGUGGCCUCAAAUUCUUGGCAAGUAUACAGGCUGGCGUUGAGAGCUCUAGCGAACUUGAUGACCUGCGCGAGACAGUCGCCCUCGAAGCCCUGCUUCCCUUGGCCCUCAAGCACACUACUUUCCGCGACGCUCUGGAGUUGACCAAGUCCCUGACAGGGCGUGCGUACACUUCAGCGCUGUCUGCAAUUGCUUCUGCUGCGGCCGACAGGAAUCUCCCGGACAUCAGUACCCAGGCUUUCGAUACCCUCACUGGACACACCAAGGACCUGGUCGAACCAAGCAUGGCUUUGCUUGCUAUGCACGUUCGUAAUGCAAACGUGGAAGCAGCUGAACCUUUCUGGAGAAUCCUUGAAAACGCUUCUGUAAAUCUCUCCUUCAUCGAGCCUACAACGAUGCGCACCAUUGCGUUGAUCGGCAUUGGACAAGCAGAGCUUGGCUUGAGGAACAGCAGGCGCAUGUUCGCACGGAUCCGCGAGACACAGUCGGAGAGCCGCCAAGCCGAGAGCAACGAUCACAUUGAUGAAGCUAUCGAGCUUAUCGGCUCUUUCAUGCUGAAGAGUCAGGCGAUGCUCCCGCCUGAAGCAAACUUGGAAGCACUCCGCAUGAUGACUGAGAAUGGCACAUUCGUCGCGCCGAUCGCGGAACAUCUUGUGGCGCGCUUCGGUCCUGAGCACAUCGCACGACUGAAUCAGGCUGACCUCGAUUAUCUUCUGCGUUUACAGAGCAGCAUGAUCCUUGAGGAGUCAUCUGCCGACAUCGCUGGACCUGCUCGCUUCGGCUGCCUCUUGGAGAACAUUGUUUCCCGCUCUGCUAUGCCUUCUGCUGAGACCGAGACACUUAUCGAGAAGACCCUCAUCAAUAUCGAUCGUGCGGAACUGUCAAGACUUUGGAACAACUACCGUUACCCGACCACGCCGGCACUAUUCCAGCCGUCACCAUUUACGCCAGUAGUGCCGUUCCAAGCGCCGACAUCCUCCGAGGACACCUAUGACCCCUAUGCUAAGCGCACGGAUGUCAAGGGUUCCAACGCUAUCAAUGAACUUCUCGAACGUCCACAUGGUCGCCGUAUGAACGAGGCUCUUACUAAGUUCCGCAACAUGCGCCGUAUUGGUCGGGCACCGCGAAUGUUCACCUACGGUAAACUCAUCGAAGCCGCGGCCAAGGAGAACAACCUCAACCUCUGUCAUGACGUUCUUGAAAUGGCAAAGCAAGAUGUUCCUUUCGAUGCUCGAUACCGCGUCGUCCGAUUUGGAUGGCAACAGAUCCUCGACCACAUGGUUGCUGGCUGCCUCCACCUUCAUCGACGAGACCUCGCUGCGAAGUACCACCAGGACAUGCUCGACAUGGGUUUCGCACCUUCCGCCAACACUUUCGGAUUGUACAUCACGACGCUGAAGGAGAACACCAAGACAUUCGAUGAGGCCACAGAGGCCGUCAAGAUCUUCCUGCGUGCGAAGGCUGAAGGUGUCGAACCAUCAUCCUUCCUCUACAACGCUCUAAUCGGCAAACUUGGCAAGGCUCGACGCAUUGACGACUGUCUCUUCUACUUCGCUGAGAUGCGCAACCUCCGUGUUGCUCCAACUUCAGUUACCUACGGCACUAUCGUCAACGCCCUUUGCCGUGUGUCCGAUGAGAAGUUCGCAGAAGAGAUCUUCGAGGAGAUGGAAGCUUGCGACAAUUACAAGCCACGUCCAGCUCCUUACCAUUCUCUGAUGCAGUUCUUCCUGACCACUAAGCGCGAUCGCAGCAAGGUCCUUGCCUACUACGAGCGCAUGCGCAGCAAGAAUAUUGUGCCUACUGUCCACACGUUCAAGCUGUUGAUCGACACCCACGCAACCCUCGAGCCAGUGAACAUGCCAGCCGCCGAAGCUGUCCUCGAAGACAUGAAGGCGAGUGGCAUCCAGCCCGAAGCCGUUCACUACGCUUCCUUGAUCCAUGCUAACGGCUGCGUCUUGCACGACGUUGAGGCUGCUCGCGCGCUCUUUGACAAAGUCAUCGCCGAGGGCCAAAUCAGACCACAGCCAAACAUGUAUCAGGCACUUUUUGAGAGCUUGAACGCCAAUCACCGAUCUUCCGAGUGCGAGCCACUUCUCCAGGAUAUGGCCGCUCGCGGUGUCGACUUCACACCUUACAUUGCCAACGCUCUCAUCCACGGCUGGACCUUGGAGAAGAACGUUUCCAAGGCCAAGGAGGCUUUCCAGCGCGUGCCCAUGUCUCGUCGCGAGCCCAGCACAUAUGAGGCUAUGGUUCGCGCCUACCUCGCUGCGGAGGACCGUGAUGCUGCGAAAGGCGUCGUCCGCGAAGCUCUCAGCCGCGGAUACCCCAGCGCUGUCGCGGGCAAGAUCGCGGAGCUGGUUCGCUGA